CCCCGUUGUCGACUGGUCACCAACGCUGCCGCGCUCACUGACGUGGCUGUGACGCGAGCAGGACACAAGGUCAUAAGGAAGCGCAAGAAAGCGAGCGAAAGCGAGCUUCCUCUCAGCACACAGGCAAUAUACUGACAUACCAGACAUACUGUUUAUACUGCUGUUUACUAUUACUCUUCAAUAAUAGGCGUUACUACCACGCUGAUAACUGCCGUCACUGCCCUCGGCAUCCACUCGGGUCAUAGCAGAUAACCCACGCGUGCUUUUAGUGCACUGAGAUACAGACAGCGAGAAAAGGCGGACGUCUCCGUUACAAUGGGAAGGACGACAGCAUCAGAGUCUUCGCCGGGCGUGGGCGAAAUGCAAGAACACGUGCAACUGCUCGAGGACGUCUUCGAGCAGGCGCUGGAGUUGCUGCUGCCCGAAGUGGAUGCUAUUCUCUGUGAACUGGAGAGCCGGCUCCCACCAGAGGCCACGAUAUCCCCCUCCCCUCCGCCUGCAGAAGCUGCGCAUCCCUCCCGCCAGAGCGCUCGCCUUCAAGCGUUCUCCGCCAAGAAGGAAAAACCGAAGAAAACGCGUUCCUCAAACCCGGCCAGCAACUCACGCCCGACGUCUAAUUCAAGAAAACGCGCUGAACCGAACCCGACACCCGUUCCUUUACCCGAACGCAACUGUGUGCAACGCUACCUGAACGCAUCAUCCAAUAACUCUCCGGGAUCCUUGUCUGGUGCAGUACACUCGGUUACUCCGAUUGCCUCCUCAAACGAGGUUCUUGCCGACCCUCAGGUGAUUUCGCCUUCUCCUGCUUUGCCCCGAUCCAUUCCAGAGUCGCCUAUAUCCAGGCGCAGGGCUACCGAACAUGCAUCUGCUCACAGUUCGGUUUCGAUCAGGGUGUCGACCCGUACGUCUGUUGGCAUCACUGCUGCUCCCAGAUCGAGUGGAAAUGAAAACUCCGCAGCCUCGGUGACAUCACACACCCACACGCCGACGUCAUCCGAAAGAAUGACGACCUCAUGCCCCGCAACAGAUACGACUUCCGAAGUCGACCGAGCUGCCGUCCUACUUCUCCGCGCAGCGAAAGGCGGCAAAGUGGAAGAUGUGUUGGCAGCCCUGGAGACCGGGACAGACAUUAACAGCCGGGACGACUCGGGCAAAACAGCGCUGCACUUAGCUGCUUGGAACGGCCACGCAGACAUCGUCGCCCUGUUGCUCACAAACGGGGCAGACGCGAGCAACUCGGACAACUCCGGAGCCUACACGCCACUCCACGUUUCGAGUUUCGCCGGCCACGCCCAGUGCGUGGCCUUUCUGCUGGAUUUCGGGGUCGAAGUCGAUAGCAAGAGCAAGAACGGGAGCACGGCUCUUCAUAUGGCUGCGCUGAACGGGCACGAGACGAUAGUUCAGCUUCUCGUCGCGGCUGGCGCUAGUCGCGAGAUAACGGAUGAAAGUGGGAAAACCGCUUUCGAAAUGGCGCAAACAGUUGCAAUUCGCGAAUUGUUGCUUCUUUAAAAUUAUCUUUUCAUUUCUGACUUGCAAGUGUAGUAGAGUGGCGGUCCGAUAAUAAUCCGAGCCGAUAAUACCGAUUAACGGUAUUCCGAGAUGAAAAAAACGCCUGAUGUGAGCCGUCACCCAAAUAAGCGGUGAUGAUCUAGAACUGGCUCUUGGCAGGUUGGCAACAAUGCUUCGUAGGUCACGUGUGCGCCGGUCAGUGUCAGCGUGCCUACUACGUGGUUGUGACAGAUUCGCGCUAAUGUAUGUACCUGUAAUUUUAAAACUAUCUACGCAUAAAUUUGACUUCGUUUUACUUUGAAGUUGAAAAUUUCUUUACAUAUUUUCCUUUUUUUCCAUAUAAUCCGAGGUAAUUGGGACUGAUGGUACCUCGGAUUAUUCACUCAACUGUAUAGGAACAGUGACGGUACAAAUUAUCGUGAAUUCAUUAAACUGAAAUUACAAAGAGUUAUCGACCACUCAUGCAAAGAGUUAAAUGCAUUAUUUUGGGAGCGGAAGCACGGUUCUCAUUCAUACGGUCGCACUGAUCAGGUAAUAGUAGAUAGUUCAACCUCUCGUUGCGCCAGGCGCUAGUCGUUAAAUAAAAGAUGAAAGGGGGAAAACCGCGUUUAAAAUGACGGAAACAGUUGCAAUUCGCGAAUUGUUGCUUCUUUAAAAUUUACUUUUAUUUCUGUUUUGCUUCUAUAAGAACAGUGACUGUACAGAAUUCCCGAUUUUUUAAAUCUGAAACUUAAAAGAGUACUCGUCAACACAAGCACACCGUUAAAUGCCUUUUUUAUUAUUUUUUUAUUUCGGGGGUGUAGUCUAUACAAGAGCAAGAAUGAAAGCAUUGCUCUUCAUAUGGCUACUCUGAACGGGUAAGAGUCGAUAGUUCAACUUUUCUACGCGCCUGGCGCCAGACGUGAGAUACCAGAUUUUUUUAAACUAUUUCUGCCUGCUCGGCAUUUCUGCAUUUUAGGGAUGUUCAUUAUACAAAAUUUUACACAGUAACUUUUAGGGAUGGACAUCCGCAUGCAUUACCUCCUUUCUCAGUGGUCUAAUGACACAUUACUUUAUUUUACCAGUGGAGAAACUGUGGAUGACAGUUUUGGAGUUAUUUGUGAUGUAUUUUUAAGGGGGGAUGUUAGUGGGUGGAAUGUUAGGGAAGGGGAAGAUUGGUAAAUUAUUUAAGGUGGACGAAGGGAGUCUUUAGGGAAUCGCGAUAUAAUUAUCUUUGAUGAACUAUAAGUUUUACCUAGUUGGAAUAUUGUUGUACUGCACGGUUGGGGAAGGGAUGAGAAGAAUUUAUGAGUCAUAAGAUUUAUGUAGUCGUUAAAAGGAUGAUAUAUUUUGUUCGUUUUGGAUUUGCAUGUUGCUUAUGAACCAAAGGGCUUUAAUGACUUUUCUGAGAAAUUUAUUUUGUAUUAUUUCUAUUUUAUUUCGGUUCGUUCGUACGGCAUUAUUCCUGAUCGGGCAGGCAUAUGUGAGUGUUGGUCGUAUUAUUGUUUUAUAGACGAUUAAGCCGCAGCCAGUGCUAAAUGAGAAAUUAGUAAUUAUUAUUGGAAAUAGAUAAGAUAUUUCUGCAUAAAAUUUAUCUGCUAUAGAUUUGAUAUUUUGGUUCCAGUUUAGUUCAGUGUAUGUAGUACUCUUAAGUACUUUUAUGGUGUAUUUCUAUUCAUCCAUUCUAGUGUGUGUGUUUUGAAAGCAGCGGAGUUGAGUAAGUUUGUGGAGUGGGAAAAUUUUGGCGUUUAUCUUUAUUUUCCCAGUUUAUGGCAAACUAUGUUGUCGGAGCCGCAGUUGAUAUCAGAAUGAGAGGUGAAAAGUGCUGUGUCAUCUACGUAAAGGGCAGUUUCUGAGUAGUCUUGACUGUGGUAAAUCCGACAUGUAAAGAGGAAAGAGAAGUGGAGAAAGCCAAGAACCUUGAGGGACUCCUGCAUUAAUUUCAAAUCGGUUUGAGAGGCUGGAGUUAAUACGUACAGAAAAAUAUCUAUUUUUUAGAAAACAGAUUAGAUGGAGUAGAUACUUGGGAGUUCCUAGUUGAUGCAGUUUGUACAAAAGACCUUCAUGCCAGAGUUUCAAAGGCUUUCUCAAUGUCUAGGAAAACUGCAAUUGUUUAUUUCUUGCUGUGAAAUGAAUUUGCAAUGUAUUCUGUUAAUCGGCGCAGCUGGUGGGUUCUGCUAUGUUGUAAUCUGAAUCCGAACUGGAAAUUCCGGGAUAGCGGUAAUUUUAGUUAGGUAUGAAGAUAAGCUGCUCUGAAUUAAUUUUUCAAAUACCUUUGCGAUUGAGGGUAGGAGACUUACUAAUCUGUAGCUUGUAGGAAGGCGAAGAUCUUUGCCUGGUUUAUAAAAGGGUAAAAUUAUAGAAAAUUUCCAAUCUUUUGGAAAGUAGCACAGUCUUAGACAGGAAUUAAAUAAGGUUGUGAAAAUAGCUGUUCUUUUUGGGUAAUUUUAAGAGCUAUGUCGUAAAUAUGAUCGUUACCUGCUGAUUUUCGGGUUUUCUAUUGCUUAAUCAUUUUAUAAGUUACGGAUAGGGGUAUACAUUUUAUUGUAUCUGAGGCAUUAUAGUUUGGUAACUGGAGGUUUCUAGCAAUAUAAUUAGUACAAUAGGAAUUCGUAUUUGGGUUUGGAGUAAAACAGUUCUGCAUAUAUUUACCUAACACAUUGGAUUUCAUAUGAUCCGUCUUCCUACAUUUGAGUUCUGUUUAAGGAUAGGGAUGUCAGUAGUUUCUUUACAUAGUAUUUUUUAUGGUUGACCAGAGUGGUCUGCUAUUAGGGUGGAUGGAACUUUGAAAGUUGUUAAUUCGAACUUGAUUUAGUUUGGUUUUUAUUGUUCUCCCUAAUUUGUUGAUUUUUGCUUUAAGGUCAUGUCUGCGAUUGGUUUGGCACAGCCGUCGAAGGUUACGUUUACUUUUAAUUAUAUUUAGAAUAUUCCUUGGAAUCGGAUUUCUGUUAGUGAAAGGUCUUGCGAUAGGUGUCGUUGGUUGUGAAACGCGUAGCGCGCGAAACAUUAUAUAAUGGCAUAGUGUUUUCAUCAUUACUUCUUUUUCGUUCACUUACAUUUGUAAGCCUUUCGUUUAAUGUUGUUGCAUGCAUCUCAUUUUGGUGUUCCUGAGGCAGGGUUGCUUGUGGCGGUUGCUGUCGCACAAACGGUUGCCCUUGUUUCGCUGUAGGUUCAUGCUGAUAAAGUAGCAGGAGUUGCUGCUGUUGUUGUUGAUGAAGAAGUUGCAAAUGUUGCUGCUGCAAAAAUUGUAUUUGCGCUGCUGGGAGAUUGUACUGAUCAAGGUAUUCGCAUACAAGGUUUCGAUAGCGUUCACAAACACUUCUGAUGUGCUAUGUAGUCUCGGGGCUACCUUGUUCGUUCAUUUUCGCCACUCGCGGUCACGGGUUGUUUUGCACUUACUAGUCAUAUAUAUAUUUGAAAUACUAGCUGCGAAAAUAAACUUUUUUGAUGUAAAAAUGUGUGCUCUUUUUAUUAGACACUUGGAUUGUUGUGCAAAAGAAACUAGUUUAACACUCAAUCUAAACACACUACACAGUGAGAGAGCAAUGGCGCCCGAUGUGCACGGCACGGCUCCUCGGUGCGAACUGAAAAAACAGAUGAAAGUGGAAAAAUCGCAUUCGAAAUGGCCGAAACAAGGGCAAAUCGCAAAUUGUUGCUUCUUUAAGCCUGUGUUUUAAUUUCUGAUUUGUAUGUGGGGGAGAAGGGAUAGUACAAAAUUUCCCGAAUUCAUUGAACUGGAAUUUGAAGAGUUUCACGUCAAUAUACGCGAACAGUUUAAAUAAUUCUGUUUGGAUUCAGAGGUCGAAGUCGACUGCAAAGAGCAAGAACGGAAGCACGGCUCUUCAUGUGGCUACGCCGAACGGGUCGAUAGUUCAGCUUCUUGUCGAGGCAGGCGCUAGUCGUCUGUUAACAUGAAAGUGGAAAAGCCGCAUUCC